AUGGCCAGUAGUGUAUAUUUUGUAUUGGUAACGACAGUGACUGAUGACGUGUCCCGCGUGUCGGGCUCUGACAACCCGUGGGGCCCUUUGGCAGCCGGAGGAGGCGCGUCCCACGGCCGCUGGCUCGUGCAGGCGCCCGCAAGGCCGCAGUUCCGUGGGAAGGCCAGGCCAGGCGAGGCGAGGCGCACAGAGCCGCUGCCGCUGCCGGCGGCGUGUGCGGCGCGCGUGCGUGGCUGGGUGCCAGCUCAGCGCGCUCGCGGCCCGUGCCCAGCCUCCUGCCAGCCAGUAGCCCGGCCGGCCGGCCCUGCCCGCGGUCCCGGAAUGCCGCCUGCAUGCGGGCUCGCGAGGGCCGCGCCGUUCCCACGGUCCGCCACCGCCGCGGCGACACCUGCUGCUUGCUGCUGCAGGGGCCCGCUGGGGGAGCCCGGCGCCUCCCGCCUCUCGCUUUGUUCUGUCGGAUCCUGUUGCCGCGCCCUCCCCGCCACACCUGCCGCACCGUUACCCUGCACACUGCACCGGUCGUCAGUAGCCGACGGCAAAAAAAUACUUCUCCAUCGCCUCCACUGCCCGUAUUAUCUCUCAGCUCGAUGA